AUGAAUAGGCUGGAGAAGUUCUUUACGACUCUGUAUACAGCGCAGUCGAAGGUUCUGAAGAGGUACACAACUGAUGAGCUGGUUUCUCAAAUAAAAGAAUAUGUUGACUUUACGCCUUACAUUCUCAGGCAAACAUACAAGCUUUUGUGUGGGCAGGAAGGAGAGGACAGGAAGAACGGGGCGAAGAUACUUGGUUCGCUGAUGUUCCAGUUUAAGCUUGUGACAGAGUUCAAGAUUGAGUAUAUGGAGGGGAAGGACAUAUAUCUGAGCUGUACAGGAGAGCAGUUCAACGUACAGGCGCCAUCCAUACAGGAGCAGAAGAGGAUGGUGAAGAAGCUUGCGGACAUGGAGCAUGUGGAGUCGAACUUCCUGAGCGAUAUUGAUUUUAGGGCAAGUGCAGGAGAGGCAAUCAAAAGGCAUAAGGUUGAAGAGAAGGUGAUUGAGAAUCCGUUUGAUUUUUUUGAGCAGGUAAGCGAGAACCUGCUGAGUUACGAAUGGCACAAGCGGCAUGGGGCGUUUCUUGCAUUUGAAGCAAUGUUUUCUGAGAUGGGAGAAGGGGAGAUGCAGGUUAAGAUUGAUCCUAAGCUGUUUUCGAAGAUCUACGAAAUUCUUGUUACGGACAAGUUCAAUGACUUUGUGGAUGACAGGACGGUUGCGCCUGUGAGGGAUGCUGCAGCACGUCUUUUAGCAUGUAUCUACCCAUUGAUUGGGGCGAAUGAUAUUAUUGAGCAGCUGAUUGGAUUUCUGGACAACGACGACUGGCAGGUGCAGUUUUCAGGGCUGAUAGCACUUGGAUAUCUGAAGGAAUAUGUGCCUGACAAGGAGAUGCUUUAUAAGAAGCUUGUGUCGCUUUUGUGCAGUGUGGAUGAGGACAUAAAGCUGCUUAGUGCGGAGCUUUUGUGUGAGUUUCCGAUUUGCUCUGAUGCGGAGGUGAUUCUUGACAGAUGCUGGAACAAUAUCGAAGCGGAGGAGGUUAUUUCUGUGUCAAAGACGUCCAACCUGUCGCUGCUUGCAAAGAUAUAUAGAGAGAAUCCUGGGAUAGAGGUGCCGUCUGAUAAGCUAAAGGAGAUUUUCCCAUGCUUCACAUCGCCUGUUCCUGAUGUGCGUAUCAGCAUUGUGAAGAUGGUUGAGAACUUCAGUGACGAGUCGAUUGAUUUUCUUAUUGCAGAGAUGAUUUUGAUUGAGGAGAAAGAGGAGAUAAGGGAGCUUGCUAUGAGUGUUUUGAAGAAGAAGAGUGCGAUGCCAAGCAACCUAGUGGUCCAUUUUAUGAAUGUUCUUGGAGGAAGUUUGUAUGAGCCGUAUCGUGAGGAUGACUUUGUCUCAUACGAUGACUUGUAUUUUACAAAGAGCGGAAUAAAUGUGAUAGGGAAGGACGAGAUACUGAAGAACAGGUGUUGUUUGUUUGAAUGCCUGAUUGGAGGGGAGAUUGCAGACUUGAAAUGCAAGGAAACAAUGAUUGGCAACACUUUUCUAUUUCUUAGCAGAUUUGCUCAUGGGUAUAGCAAGAAUAACGAAGGAUUUGAGUGUGAAAAUGCUGAAGAGGAGGAGAGUACCGAUGAAGAGAUGCUGGUAAAAGGCCUUGAAGAGUAUUUUUUGAAGUGCAGAGAUCUAAAGAUGGCGCCGAUGAAGGAGUUCAAGAAGAAGAUGGGGGAUCCUAGUAUUGUAUCGAUUCAUCCGAUGGUUGAGGCAUUGUAUGUUGACUAUAUCAGGAUGCAAGCAGCAGUGAAUCUUCCUGAGCUAAAGUUUGCAGUGAAGAUGUACAAAGUAGAGACAUGCAGGCAGUUUCUGAGUUUGUUCUCGAGGAUAGUGACUGAUGCAUAUGAUGAGGGAAAGGUCUGUGUAAAUAAGUUUUUGAUGAAUGCAUAUGAAGGGCUAGUGCAAGGCAGUGAAGGAUUUCUUGUUUUUUUCAAAGUUUUUGGAGCAAGGUUUCUUCAGCAUGUGUUUUUCAGCCGGGUGAUAGGCUUUGAUAGCAGACUUGACUUUUUUGCAAGGACAAUUGAAAUAUAUGCAUGUGACGAAGGAAUAAGAAGAUUGGAGAGUGUUUUUGAGGAUGCACUGCAGAAGAGGAAUGUAGCAGUGGUACGUGGGUUUAUGAAAUCUCUUGAGUUUAAUGAAAGGUUUGUAAGGAGCAUGCUAUAUAAUCUGGAUGUUGAGCUUCUUGGUAUGCUGAUCGAUGCAGGCGAUCAUUCGUUCAACCCACUGUUUGUGAAGCCUCUUUUAAAUAACAUUUCUAGUGGUAAGGAUAGGAAUGUGUCUUGCAAGGUGUUUUCGAAGAUUAUUCCUACGCUUGGAUUCCGAACGAAUGAGAAGAUAGCCGAGGAUCUCCUUGUGCAAAUUGAUACAGAGAACAAGGCGCUUGAGUCUUUACUUGAUUCGAAGAAGAUUCCUGAAUACAAGAUAAAGUGUCCUAUGGAGACGAAGCUGAGGGAUUAUCAGGCGGAAGGAGUAAGAUGGUUGAGCUUUUUGUACAGCUUUAAUCUGAAUGGGAUUCUUGCGGACGACAUGGGGCUUGGAAAAACGCUGCAGGUGCUGACUUUUCUUUGUUCUGAGAUGUAUGAGACGGACAGGAGAGUGCUGGUUGUCUGCCCGUCGAGCUUAACUGGACAUUGGAAGUCUGAGGUAAGGAAGUUUUUUCCUUUUAUGUCGUGUGAAGUGUAUAGGAAGGAAAUGAAGAGUGAUUAUGCGAUUAUAGUAAGUUCUUAUGAAGCGUUUAGAAAUGACUAUCUGAGCUUUAUUGAGAAGGAUUGGUUUUAUGUAGUUGUUGAUGAAGGACAUGUGCUGCGUAACAAGCAAACGAUGCUGUAUGCGAGGAUGAACAUGAUAAAGUGUGCAAGAAAGAUAAUACUGACAGGAACGCCGGUGCACAACAGCGUUGAGGAUCUUGUCUCGCUGUUCAACUUUCUGAUGCCAGGCUACAUUGGGCCUGAGAAGGACUAUGGGACGUUGAGCGUCAAGAUGUCUGACUCUGAGAUUGAAAAAGCGCAUGCCAAGCUUGAGUAUCUGCACAAGAAGGUUCUUCCGUUUGUUUUGAGGAGGCUGAAAAUAGAUGUGCUGAAGGAUCUGCCGCCGAAGAUAAUUAGAGACAUUAUUAUUGAGUUUGGGCCUGCACAGGAGAGUCUGUAUAGAGAGAUCGAUGAGAACGGAGGAAGAGAGGAAGCAGGAAGAGCAAAUGAGUUGGAGUAUGGAAAGAUUGACCAGAAGAACGCUGGAUUUAAACGAACAAGGGACUUGUUCCUUGCGAUAUCACAUAUAGGGCACUUUAGAGACUCGGAAGAGGUUUCAUGUAAAGUGAGGGCUCUCGAUGACAUUAUUUCGCUCUGUGGAGGAGAAGAGCUGAGGAGCAAGAUUCUUGUGUUUUUCCAGUUUAAGUCGAGCAUAGAUCUUGUUGUGAAUGAUAUUAUGAAGAGAUACAAGUUCAAGCACUCGAGGAUUGACGGAUCUGUUGUGAGCUCAGCCAGGACAAAGAUUAUUGAGGAGUUUAAUAAUGGAACCACACAAGUUUUAUUUCUAACUACGCAGGUGGGGGGUCUUGGGCUCAACUUGACUGCAGCGGAUACAGUAGUGAUGUAUGAGCACGACUGGAAUCCGUUCAAUGAUUUGCAGGCAAUGGACCGAGCACACAGGAUAGGGCAGAAAAGAACGGUCAAUGUGUUUAGGCUCAUAGUGAAGAACACGCUAGAGGAGAAGGUUAUGAAUUUGCAAUCGUUCAAGAUGUUUAUUGCAAACAGUCUUAUAUCUCAACAGAAUGCAGACAUAGAAACAAUGGAAACCAAGGAUCUUCUUGAGAAGUUCCGGGGAUAG